CUCUCUCUCUCUCUCUCUCUCUCCAGCGCUGUGCACAGUCAGCAGUGGAGGACAGUGAUCAGAUCUUUACUGAGCUGAUCCGCUCCAUUGAGAGAAGGAGCUCUGAGGUGAAGGAGCUGAUCAGAGCCCAAGAGAAGGCUCAAGUGAGUCAAGCUGAAGGACUCCUGGAGCAACUGAAGCAGGAGAUAGCUGAGAUGAGGAAGAGAAGCACUGAGCUGGAGCAGCUCUCACACACAGAGGAUCACAUCCUCCAGUACUUUGGAGAUGUGAGUAAGACUGUGUCUGAACUGAGAGAGAAACUAGAAGACUUCCUUAAAGGAGAAUGGACCAAGAUCUCCACUACAGUGCAUAUAGUGGAUGUUGUACUGCCUCCAGAGCCCAAGACCAGAGAACAGUUGUUACAAUAUUCCUGUCAGCUCACACUGGACCCAAACACAGCACACACACACCUCUCUCUGUCUGAAGGGAACAGAAAGGUGACCAAUACAGACCAAGUCCAACCAUAUCCUGACCAUCCAGACAGAUUCACCAAAUACUGUCAGGAUCUGUGUAGAGAAGGUCUGUCUGGACGCUGUUACUGGGAGGUGGAGAGGACUGGUGUUGUUUAUACAGCAGUCUCAUAUAAAGACAUCUGCAGAACAGGGACAGGUGGUGGAUUUGGACACAAUAACAAGUCCUGGAGUUUACAUUACUAUAGAGGUGGUUAUUGGUUCAGACACAAUAAUGUUGUGACUAAAGUAUCAGGCCCUCAGUCCUCCAGAGUAGGAGUGUACCUGGAUCACAAGGCAGGUACUCUGUCCUUCUACAGUGUCUCUGACACAAUGACCCUCCUCCACAGAGUCAAAUCAAAUCAAAUCAAAUCAAAUUUAUUUAUAUAGCCCUUCGUACAUCAGCUGAUAUCUCAAAGUGCUGUACAGAA